ACAAAUGCAGAGUUGUUUGAAUGAAUGUGAAAAUACCGACAACCAUGAAAACGUAACAUGUCGAGUUCUUUCCAUUCUCGUCGCCAAAAUGGUUGCCCGGAAUAAGAAAACGAGAAAGCUUCGUGGACACGUAAGCCACGGUCAUGGACGUGUAGGCAAACACCGCAAGCAUCCUGGAGGUCGAGGUAAUGCUGGUGGACAGCAUCAUCAUAGAAUCAACUAUGAUAAAUACCAUCCUGGUUACUUCGGUAAAGUUGGUAUGCGACAUUUCCAUUUGAAGAGAAACCCCCAAGCUUGCCCAAUCAUCAACCUUGAUCGAUUGUGGACGCUUGUCAGUGAGCAAACCAGGGAAGCUUACAAGGAUAGAACUGAUGUCGCUCCAGUUAUUGAUUGUUCUAAAGCUGGUUUCUACAAAGUUCUUGGUAAGGGUAUUCUCCCAAAGCAACCGGUGAUCGUAAAAGCUCGCUUCUUCAGCCGAAGGGCAGAGGAGAAAAUCAAGGCAGUUGGUGGCACCUGUGUCCUAGUUGCUUAAAUUGAUCAAUAAACUAAGAAAAUAAGAAAAAGAUA